GUCUGUCUGCAUCGUCACUUUGGAUAUGUCUAUUUCUUCGCGAGAAUAACCUUUAUGCGCGAUAUGACUGAUCAGAUUAUGAGCUUCGUCCGGUUCCCUCCCUAAGCGAGGCUGCGGUGUGAUUGGCUAGCCUUCUCGACUCCGCCACCUUCGGGCUGCCCGGCACCAAUUGCUUCGUGCUCUCAUGUGAGCCUUGAGAAAGCCCCCGGGGCUGAGCCACCACAAGCAAACAUCUCAUGAACAUGGCCUUCUCACCACUUCUCCCUCUCUCUUCCACCGCGACCGACUCCACAGUUCCCUACAAACCGCGUCGCUUCACCCGUCGACGAGUGCUGCCAUCUAGGUAGCCACACUCUGACAUCAUGGUCCUCCUCGGUGGACUGGAAUUCGUCGUCGGCGGAUACCUCAUCCACCGCUACCACAAGGACAAGAAUGAAAAGAAGAAGCUGGAGGCAGAGGCCCAGCAGCGCCGUCACCAUACCUUUCCCGGGCCGGCGCCGCAAUCAUGCAACCCGUAUCCGCAACCGCAACAGCCCAUGAUGCCACAGCAGAAGUAUGCCUGUUAUGCUCCGCAGCCCCAACCUCAACAUCGCCCGCACCCCCAGUUCCAGCCUCAGCCUCAGCACCGACCUCAUACUGCUCAGCCUGUCCCUCACGCCCAAACCUUUGAAAUCCCGCGCCGACCGCUACCUCAUCAGCAGCCGCCGCCGCAGAUCAUACAGCCGCUUCAGCGAACAGACUCCUUCGCCACGAUAUCGAGAAUGCCCAUCGCGAACGGCUCUCGUCCCCACAACGCCGAACAUCAGCCGCCCGGCCUACCCCCACGACCCCACGUAUCGAACCUAUCGAUACCCCAACAACAGCCCGCGAACCACCCCUACUCAAACGCGGGCUUUUCGGUGUCAACGCCAGGCUUGGGAACCACACCAGCUACAUACCCCACAUACCCUACUGGCUAUACUGGUCAGCAGGGCGGAAGACAGACCGUGGAUGACAACUGGGAGACGUACGCGCCACAGACUGGGCUGGGACAUGGGCAAGGACAUUACUCGCCUUCGGAGUCGACGGCUCUCGGUGAGGAUGACCCGCCACCACCAUAUCGGCCUUGAAACUUGGUAGAAGAGCAAGGCUUAGGCGAACAUUACGCUUUGGGUGCAGGCAUUCAGAGGUCUUUUUCUUCUCGCUUUCUCACUUUCUCACUAUGACUGUAAUGUCGAGUGUUUCUUGGGCUUUUGAUGGCAACGUCCUCGGCGAAGGACUAUUGAUGGAUACCCGAUUUCCUUUACUUUCGUAGGUCAUGGUCUUGGGAACUAGACUGCUAUUAUAACGCUGACGGUAACGGCUAGAGAGCUUAAUAGUAUUAUUUAUUGGUGGCACAUUAACAUGGCCCCUUUCCUUCCUUCUUCACACCACCUGCAUGAACC